ACUUUUCAUGUCAUGUUUUCACUUUCAAGUGUUUUAAACAGAGUUUUAAAUGCUCUUUUCAUUAGAGCUCUUGUCCCUUUAGUGUCCCCAAUGAGUCAGUGUCCAGAACAUUUUGAGGAAGUGGUUUUGCCAGAAACAGGAAACCAAACACUGCAGUUUAUGUACCAAGAAAAACUGAAAUACUGAACAGAUACGUGGAAUAACCUCAGCGAAGAAGACUAGAAAUAGCCAAAAGAUCACGUCAUGGAAGCUCAACAAGUUCGGCAUCUUUCUUUCAUGUCGACCAUGUCAUGGAUAUUUGUCUUUUUCUUCCUAUCUGUAUGCUCAGGAAUGAACAAACCAACGCUGAGCCUGCAGAGCACAGUCUUUGUGGCGUUCACAGGAGAAACGCUCACCAUUGACUGUGAGUUGAAGAUGCCAGCAAACCAAAGCAAAGACAUGUUGACGUGUUCUGAUCCUCUCAACAGAGAGAUAUACAGCUGUGAAAUAGCAGAGACGAACCAGCCAAAAGUUGAUAAUCUGAUAUUGGAGCUGAAAAACCUGACCAGUUCAGGAGAAUACAGUUGCCAAUAUAAAAAAGCCAAAGUGUUCUGGUUUCUUCGAGUGAGAAGUGAAGGCUACAAGGACCGCACGAUGCUUGAUUACAGUGAAUUCAUCAUUGUGUCCGUCUUCACUGGUGUGCUGCUGAUUUUCAGUGUUGUUGGCUCAGUGUGUGUCUUCAGAGGAUGUGGGAGGGACUCCAACGCUGAAUGUUGCAGCACCGGUGGAAAACGAAAGCAGAACAGAACAGUAAGCGAGGAGAGACAGAGGGAGGGAGACAACGUGGAUGAAAUAACAGCUCCGUCUACUUCUUUCUAUGCUAGUCUGGAGCCUCGGCCCAGGUCCAUUUAUGAUGAGCUGGACUACUCAGCUACCAACAGAGAGCCAGUCCAAAGCAAAGCCAAACCCAAGAAAAAGGAACCAGAACAAUCGAGGACACAAACCACACAAGACCAGCAAGAAGGAGUGUUUGAGUCUGUCUACGAGAACUUCUGACUUAUUCAUCAGAUUGUGAUAUUUAUAUUAGUGGCUGCAAAGAUCUUGUUUUGCUCUGCUGUGUCGUUGUCACCUGUUACCAGAAAGUAUUUCGAGUCUUUAAAGGUAAAAUAAACAAAACCACUAAUAUGGUGCUAAAUCAAUUAGGAUAGAAUCUUGAAUGUGACUUUGUUCCAGUAAAGACAUGAUUUUUAUUCAUUUGUAUAUUGCUUGUUUUAGUUUUGUUUGUUACUGCUCCUUUUCUAAUCUAACCUGUUACAUAACUUACUUGUGCAGGCCGUUAUUUCUAGACAAUAUUGGACAGGUGAAUGUGGGUAAGGUUUGAUGGGAAAUGAAGAUGAAUAGUGCAGUUGUGAGUUGCAUCCACUAUGUUUAUAACAGUAUGCUUUAAAACUGCCAUGUGAAAUCGUCAUUGUCAUCACUAAGUCAAA